AUGGUCGAACCGACGUUUAAUUUGAGGCUUAUUGAAGCCGUUCGGCAUAGCAAAUGCCUUUUUGAUCAGACUGAUCGACAAUAUAGGAAUACGGAAUAUAAAAAUAGGGUUUGGAAUCGACUGGUGUCGGUUUUGGGCUUCGACGGCGAUCCGCGAAUGUUGGCGUCGCGCUGGAAGCAGCUGAGAGACAAAUAUGGAAAAGAGAAGAGGAAACAGAAAUAUACGAAUGAGAAAUCGACGUGGCAGUAUUUCAAGCAUUUGCAGUUUUUGGAUCCGCACAUGACCGAUCGAACCGAUGUUUCGCCGUCGAGAAAAGAGACGGUCGACGUGAAUAUGGCCGUAUCGGAGCCGAUGUUCCCAUCGCGUCUCAUCGAGCAAGUCCGCCAAAAUCCGUGCCUCUACGACAUUCGCGAUCCGAAAUAUAGGCAUUCGGAGUGGCGGAAUCAAGCAUGGACGCACAUCAUCGCCAACCUCCAAUACCCCGGCGAUAUUCAGUCGAUCUACAAACAAUGGAAGAAGCAUCGCGAUCGGUACGUGCGCGAGAAGCGUCGACUCAAAAUGCAGGCGGAUUUGGGCGUUCAAGAGAUUUCGAAUUGGGAGCUCUACGAGCAAAUGAUGUGGAUGGAUCCGUAUUUGGACGAGCGUGCAGCUUGUUCGCGGAGUCUGAAGCGCUCGACGGGCAAUCAGCAGGACGACAUGUCGGAUUACGAAAUUGAGGAUGACCUCGCCUACGUUGUAAUGGAGAGCAAAAGGCCGGGACCGAGUGGUGGCGGUGGUGGCGGCAAUGGUGGCGGUGGCAAUGGCGGCAAUGGUGGCGCCGGCAGCGGCGACGUCCUUCUCGAUGGCGAUUCGGCGUUUUCGGCGUCGAUUGUCUCCGAUUUGCGAACACUUCCCGAACACGCGCGCGUCAUUGCCAGACAGCAAAUCGAAAUACUAUUGGAGUCCGGAAAAAUGCCGUACAUGUGA